UCUGUUUCAAUGUAUGCAAUAAGUUAUAAUCACCAAUAGCGUGCAAUGAUCCCAUUUAUGUGUCUGAACUGAUAAUCAUAUACGAUAUACCACGCACCUUGGGUAAUGGGCGCAGAAUCUUUCAUGUCAGUCGGCAAUGAACAACGGGCGACGCGUAAUGUCUUUUAUGUAAUCGCGGUAUAACAAAGUCAACUGUGCGUUUACAAGUGUCUUUUUAAUUGAUAUUUAUAAUACUUUUAAUAUAUUAUCAGUUUAAAGACGUAUGUAAAUAGAUUCGUGAAUUAACUUUGAGUAUUUCGUUAUAUUAUUAUCAGUUACCUUGUACUGAUAUAUAUACUGAUAUAUAUGUAUCAGUUCAUAUAUAUAUAUAUAUAUGAACCGGUAGUACGAAACACAAUAAAAAUUGGUAAAAUUGGACUAAUGUUACCUUCCUAUGUCCUAGAGUGACACGGGUAGUCGGCUAGAGUGAUACGAGAGGAACGUUCUAGGGAUGAUAUUUUUGUAUAAUUAAAUCAUAUUACGAAACAUUUUAUUUAUAUCUGGAUCUAAUAGCGAAAAUUAUACUCCUGUGUGAACGGACCAGACCAGCAAAUUUAAGUUUGCUAUUCACGUGUUAAUCCGGCAUGUCAUUUUACCUCGAUGUAUCGUAGGUGUUCUACAUCGUUGUACUGUACACCAUUCAGCUUCUAGUACUGUACAGUGUUCAGCUUCGAGUGACAUAAGUGCUACGUUUUUUUUUUUAAACUGAUCCAUGUAUAUUUUCAUAUAGACUUUGGGUGUCAGGUUAAAUUGUAAAAAGAGUAUGGCAUGUAAUUUUAUUGACUGAAUAAUUUGAAAAUCGAUUAUACUAGUGAUCGAGCGUGAUUUGUAUUAUAUUGUGACGGGCGUUCCAACGUCACUUGUAAACCGGUUUUCCGAGCGGUGUUUCGAAACAGGUGAAAAUAAUCGCCAUAUACACAGACAGAAGAAAUCCUAAGAAAUUUAUCAUUUUCAAUAUGGGGACUAAGGAGGCAUCGAGCAGCGAAAAACAUGAUAAAGAGAAGAGAACAUGUCGCAAUUACCAAGUACGUUAAAAACAAAAUGCAUAUUUGAGCAUCAUCAAGGCAAUGGAUAGACUGCACUGGCUGAUGUUAAUUGUCAUUGGAUUAAGAAAUGAAAAAUAGAAGUAAAAAUGGAAAAGCAAAGAAGUAUUCUUCCAUGAACAUAUAUUUUCAGACAAGGAUCUUUGUCUCAUGGUUAUAUCUCCCUCCUACGGCAGCUUUGCAUUAAUGCAUUGCUUGUGCAAAUGAUAGCGUACUGCGCACUCAGAAUAAUGAUAACUUGCCUUCAGUAUCCAAUAAAUAGAAGGAGAAUAUAUUUUUUAUGGUUGCAGAAGGUUACUUAUAUUGUUAUGUGCAUCAUUGCCAACUGUUCUGUUUUGGGCCCUGCAAUGGGCCUUGGCUACAGUGCCGUAGCGCUGCCAUCGCUGACGUCACCGCAGAGUCAAAUAAAGAUAAACGAAAGUCAGGCCUCCUGGAUAGCCAGUAUAGCUGCUAUCGGGACUCCAAUUGGAUGCAUUUUGUCAAGCUUUCUUAUGAGACGCGGUCGAAAACCCAGCAUACUGUCAACGUCUGUAGUGUCAUUGAGCGGAUGGAUUAUUAUUUACCUAUCAGCGAAUUUCGAACAGCUCUUAAUUGGCAGGUUGUUAUCAGGUAUAGCAACAGGAUUGGCAUCGGUGCCGGCAACUGUUUACGCGGCGGAAGUGUCAGUUCCAAAACUGCGUAGCAUCGUAGUCACGUGGACCAGCAUCGCCAUAGCUGUGGGCAUACUGAUUGUCUACAUAUUAGGUUAUAUAUUUCAGGAUAACUGGAGAAUGAUAGCUCUGGUCAGCGGUCUGUUUCCAAUUCUUGCAAUAAUUCUUACUGUCGGAAUUCUUCCGGAAUCCCCAAUAUGGCUGCGUGAUCGAGGACGCAACGACGAGGCUCUCGAAAUUCUCAAGAAAUUCCGUGGCAUCCCAGCAGAUACAACAGCGCCACAAAAGUUACUGGAUGAGCUACGGAUCAAAAACUCACCCAAAAAGAAGAAUCUACUACGUAGCCUACUGCGCAGAUCUUCUAUUCAACCUUUUGCCAUUAUGCUCUGCUAUUUCUUCUUUCAACAAUUUUCUGGGAUAUUUGUCAUUGUAUUUUAUGCAGUUGACAUUGCGCGAAAUGCUGGCAUAAAGAUCGACGCGUAUCUGGCCGCCAUACUCAUUGGCUUCACUAGACUGAUAGGGACUUUUCUCAUUUGCUAUAUCUCCCGGAAGUUUGGCAGACGUCCACCGUCCAUUGCCUCUGGUGCCGGUAUGACGCUCGUUAUGGGAAUCCUGUCAUUGUAUUUAUUUCUUAACUCUAGAAACUAUGUUAUUGGAGAUGGCGGCUUAAUACCCGUCGUAUGUAUACUAAUGCUCAUUUUUUCAAGUACUCUAGGAUUUUUAGUAUUACCGUUUGCUAUGAUUGGUGAGAUUUAUCCUACUAAAGUGAAAGAUGUUUUAUCUGGUCUGACAACUUGUAUAGCUUAUAUAUUUAGUUUUAUCUCAAUCAAGACUUAUCCGGAUAUGCAGCAUCUUAUGGGGGAGCAUGGUGUUUUUUUGUUUUAUUGUAUUAUGUCUCUGAUAGGUACAAUUUUUGUUCUAAUCUUUUUGCCGGAGACCAAAGGAAAAACUUUACAAGAAAUUGAAGAGCUAUUUAUCAGAAAAUCAAAAAUCAGUAAGAAUGACGUGAUAGAGAAAGAAAAGAUGAUCGAACCUAAGGAAAUCGUUACGAUUUCUUGAAAUAUAAGAAAAAAAAUGAUGCAACAAUUGAAACGAUUGCUUAUAAGAUUUUUUAAUGCCGAGGCAUUAAAUUUUUCAAGAUACAUGUAUACGUAA